GGUUUUGUUUUUAGCUUGAUUUAUUUAUUUAUUUAAUUAAUAAAAUUUUCUCGUAAUUUUUUUCUUGUUUCUCUUCGUCCGUCGAGACCCUCACACUGCUCUUGAAUUCAACCCUCGUUCGUAGCCAUGAAAUGAAACUUCUUCUUUCUUAACGCAACCAGCUUCAUGUGGGUCUCACUUGCUUCUUCUUCUUCUUCUUCCAUGGAGGUGAAUGCAAUUCAAGUUAAUAAUGACAAAGUGAAUGGCAUUGCUGAACAAUCACUUUCUCCAGAAUUUUCCAAUGGUUAUGAUGUUUUUGGUGAUCCAGAAAUAUCUCCUCGGGUUGGUGAGGAGUUUCAGGUUGACAUUCCUCCUUUAAUUUCACAAUAUGAGUAUUGUUCGAUACAAAGGAACAUCGGCGAGGCCGAAAGUACAGUCACUACUCUCCAUAAUUUUCAAGUAGGAUUACCUGUUCCAAUAUUUUGGAUAAAGAAUGGAACCGAGAACAACAACUGCGAUCCUCUGAAAAAUGAAUGUAUUGAAGAGUCUCAGAUUGGGAUGCAUGAGGAGCAUAGACACAAAGGGCAGAUUCUAGUUCCUGGUUCUCCAAGUGAGUCAUGGACUGAAAUUGAAGAGGCUGGUUUUGCCCUUGGCGUGUAUAUAUUUGGGAAGAACCUUGUUCAAGUGAAACGAUUUAUCAGCAAUAAGAAGAUGGGGGAUAUACUGUCAUUCUAUUAUGGGAGAUUUUACAAGUCUGACAAACAUCAGAGAUGGGCUGGAAGUAGGAAAGUGAGAAGCAGGAAAUACAUUUUCGGGCAAAAGAUUUUCACUGGACCAAGGCAACAAGAGCUUAUGUCUCGUCUACUACCGAAUGUAUCAGAGGAAUGUCAAAAGAAAUUACCUGAGGUUUCCAAGAAAUUUAUAGAGGGGAAAAUGCUUCUAGAAGAUUAUGUUUUAACUUUGAAAGCUUUAGUUGGGCUCAAAGCACUUGUCGAGGGAGUAGGAAUUGGUAAAGGGAAACAAGAUCUUACAAGUCUCUCUGUUGAUUCUGUAAAGUCCACUCAAGCGAAUACAGCUCGCCCAGAAAUACCGAUGGGAAAAGCAUGUUCAAUGCUUACGUGUUCAGAAAUAAUAAGCUUUUUAACAGGUGACUUCAGAUUAAGUAAAGCUCGAACUAGUGAUCUCUUUUGGGAAGCCGUUUGGCCUCGUCUACUUGCCAGAGGUUGGCACUCGGAGCAACCUGGAAGUUAUAACUAUGCUGUUGCUUUUAAGAAUCCUCUAGUCUUCCUUGUCCCUGGAGUUAAAAAGUUUUCGAGGAAGCUAGUGAAGGGGAGUCACUAUUUUGAUUCUGUAUCUGAUGUCCUCGGCAAAGUUGCAUCCGAUCCUGAGCUAAUUGAUCUCGAGACAAAUGCAGAUAACAAUGAUUGUGCAAGCAAGGAAGGAAAUGAGUGGACAAAGGAUACAAAACAGGACCGUGAAAAUUCGCCUGAUCAGCCACGCCAUUGCUAUCUCAAGGCAAAAACUCCAAAUCGCAGUACAGAUGUAAUGAAAUUUACUGUCGUGGACACCAGUCUGGCCAGUGAAAACGCGAAAAAUGUGAGAGAACUGAGAAACUUGCCAUUUGGAGUUUUAACAGCUUCUACUAUGGAAACUGAUUCAGAUGAUGAAACUUCUUCGGAGGAGCAAACAAAUGAAUCUGAGUCUUUAAAUGGCACAUGCUUUGAUAGUGAAAAUAAUGACAUCACUAAAGCUGGUAAAUUUUUUAACAUUGUUAAAAGUGCCUCUUCAGACAUGAAUGGUUUGGAAAACAAGCCUUCAAAAGAUGAGCUUCCAAGGAGCAACAUGUUAUGUACUAGUUUACCAUAUGCCUUGGUGGACAAGAAAACAGCCUUCUCGGAUAACAAACGAAGAAGAGACGGUACGAAGUGUCAAUCUCUCCAAAAAAUGGUAUCUGAUAACAUAAAGGAUCUGCUUCCUAUUACAAAAAGAAGAAAAAGAUUAACCCCCUGUAGUCGUGCAAAGAAAAAUGACAAUGCAGCUAAUUUCUUUGAGGUUCCGAGAGUCAAACAAGAGGAAGUCGGUUUCUGUCUCGAUCCAGACAACUCAAAGUUCGGUGAGAAUGUAACUGUUGACAAGGCUAGUUAUUGUCCUUACAACCCAAAAUCUAGUGACAGUGUUCAUUCAAGGGUAAGUCCACCUCAGGAGAAUAACUCCUUAGCAGAUUUUCCAACUCAGAAGAUGAAAAGUUUAUCAGAUCCUCUGUCAAAUCCAAGCUCAACCAUCUGCAGAGAAGAUGUUCCUGAUACUAGUUCUUCCGGCACAAAGGAUCAACAACAGAAGCCUCAGCCAUGGACUAUGAUUGACCUUAACUUACUGCCUGUUUCACCAGAAGUUGAUGAUGAUGAACUUUUUGCGAAUGAAGUGACUGAGAUACCAAAAACUGAUACAAGCAAGGAAUCAGUUGAGCUCGGUGUAGAGACAAAUGUCAAACCGGUUGAUGACUCAGACCAGCAGCCUGACCUACAAGCUCGGAGACAAAGCACAAGAAACCGACCGCCAACAACUAAAGUGCUGGAAGCUUUUGCCUUUGGAUAUCUAGACAAAAAAGAGAAGCGCAGCCGAAGUAGGGACAGUUCAGUGUCAAAAAAUUCGCGACGCGUGUGUCCUAAAGUAGAAGGUACUGGUAGUGGUGUUGCAGGUUCUGAAAAUGAGGAAAGGGCAAACAUUGUCUGUAACAGUAAUGGUAGCGGUAGCAGUAGCAGUAAUGGUAAUGUGUUAUAUACAGACUUCAAACUGUGAUUAUCAAACCUCGAAUUCGAAGAAAGUUAUACAGCUUCAUGCCUUAAAAGUCUUGCCAAGAGAAUGUACUAAUCCCUUUGGUCUUCUCAGCUGUGCACUCAACAGCAUUUGAAGUUGAAGUUUUAUGAUUUUUCUCAUUUCCUAGUUACAAUACCAAACACCAAUCUCAUACAUGGUUUCGAAGAUUUUCAUGUGCCUCCAUAUUGGUCAGGUGAAUUUUCAGCACUGUGAAUACACAGCAAGUCAAUGCACAUUCUAGUUUUUUUUUAAUCAUCAUAUUAGAUGUUAGAUAAUGGAAGCAUGGUUUUCCCUUGUUUGGGUUUGUCCUCAAUCUAAAUAUUCAUUAAAUACAUGCACAUAUGAAUUGAAGUGAUUUUCAUUCAUAAUUAAUUGGUGGUUGCUUGUGGUAAAUUUGUCUUUGCCUUAUUACUUUUUGUGGUCCUAUUUAUUAUAGAUAAUUAGGUUAUUGCUUUAUUCUAAAUAUAAGAAAUAUAUGAUAUGCUUUUUAAGUGUA